GGAUAUUUAAAGCAUGUCUAUCAAGUGUUUGAGAAGAUGGGCUUUAAAUUCGGGGACAAAAAUUCUGAUUGGCUCGUUAUGUGGAGUCAUGACUACCCAUUUGUGACCUAUAAAUCGGUCAUGCAAAACCUGAAGCCGUACCAGAAAAUUAAUCAUUUCCCAGGCUCUGGAUAUAUUACAAAUAAAGUUUAUCUAGCUCAGACAAAUAUGCAUUUUAUCCCCUUAGCAUUUGCAUUGCCAGCUCAGAAAAGUUCUUUUGUUAACUUUGCCAGCAGCAAUACGAACACAAGCUGGGUUCAGAAGAGCAAUAAUCAUAGAGGUAUUCAAGUCAAGAAGUUUGGGGAUGUUGAUUUAACGAAGGGAGAUACUUUUGUUCAGCAGUUUAUAGGCAACCCUUUCCUCAUUGAUGGCAGAAUGUUUGAUAUUGGAGUUUAUAUGGUCAUUGCAUCCAUUGAUCCACUCAGAGCUUAUGUCAUUGAUGGAGAAACUCUGUUCAGAUUCUGCCCACAGGAGUAUUACCCUUUUGAUAGCAAUAACUUGGACAAAUAUGUGAUUGGAGAUGACUACCUUCCAAUGUGGAAAUUACCUUCUCUUGAGAAAUACAUUUUAACUCAUGGGUUCUCGUUCAAGAAUUCAUUUAAUAACUUCUUGAUUACCAUGGGACAUGAACCAAAAGCCCUCUGGGAUAAAAUUUAUUUUGCUAUCAGAGAGGUUUUGCUGCAGAAAGAAUCUGAACUUGUCAGUUCUCUUCAAAAAUACCAGUCAAAGAGAAACUUUUUUGAGAUGAUGCGAUUUGACUUUUUAGUUGACGACCAUAUGCAAGUAUUCUUAAUGGAGGCAAACAUGUCACCAAACUUGUCCUCAGAUCAUUUCCCUGAUAAUGCUCGCCUCUAUGAACAUGUUAUUUUCAACUACCUAGGUCUUGUAGGCGUUGGACAUCUUACAUCCUCUUCUAACAAGACAAGUUUUUCACAUGAUGACCCCAUGUAUGUUUCUUCUCAGGAUAUUCAUGUGUUUCCCGAAUACUGCUUAGGAAAAGCUUGCACUGCCAACUGUCACCCUUUAGUGUGCAAGCUCUGUAAACAAUGUUUGACAUCUGAUUUAAGUAAUGCUAUUAAGACAGCAUAUCUUGAACAUAAUCGCAGAGGCUCUGCUCGGAGAAUUUUUCCACCACCUAUAUCGCCUUCUGAUGCUCUCAAGUGGACACCAAAAUCUGAUUUAAUACCCAUGGACAAACUGAACUGGAAGAACAAAGUGAUGUACAUUUGGUUUAUUGGUAAAUGUAAGCAAGAUAUAACCUGGUGUAGCUAG